AUGAAGUUCGCGCUGCUGCUGAUUGCGGGUGUGAGCGCAGUCGAGCUCUCCAAGGAGUCUUGGGACGAGAAGACCGCUGGCAAGAGUGUCUUCGUGAAGUUCUUUGCCCCAUGGUGUGGCCACUGCAAGUCCAUGAAGCCGGCAUGGGACAAGCUCAUGAAGCAGUAUGAUGGGCAUGACUCCAUCGUGGUGGCGGAUGUGGACUGCAUUGGCGACGGCAAGUCCAUGUGCGACGAGAUCGGCGUGGAGGGCUUCCCCACCAUCAAGUACGGGGACCCGGCCAACCUGGAGGACUACGAGGGCGGCCGAGAGUUUGCUGACCUGGACAAGUUUACCAAAACGAACUUGGGCCCGAGGUGCGGCCCAGGCAGUCUGGACCUUUGCGAUGCAGACAAGAAGAAGCUGAUCGAGUCGUUCCUCAGCAUGCCAGGUGCGUCCUUGAACAAGGAGAUUGAAUCGAAGGAUGAGGAGAUCAAGGCUGCAACAAAGAAGCACGAGGAGUUCGUGGAGAGCCUGCAGAAACAAUACGAGGAGUCUGACAAGGCCAUGCAGGCCAAGAAGCAGGAGAUCAAGGAGAGCGGCUUGGGCCUCAUGAAGGCGGUGAAGUCCUACCGCAAGUCGGCGCGGACGCCCGACGAGAGCCUUGGGGUGGAAUGGGCGUAA